UGCAGUCUGCCCGCCAUAUUUGCUGUUGAAAAGCGUAAACGGAAAAAAAGAGAGCGGCAGUUUUUUUCAUAAGUUCUAUUGAAGUACGGUGAGCGCUUCUCUUUUAUAAUUAGUUAUGUGAUUUUGUGCAUACUAUUAAAUUUUCUAAUCGAUAUAGCCAGUUAGAAGUUUUAUGCAAUGGCUUUGCCAGCAGAAUCACAAAGGUCUUUUCGACUUUAUGUGACCCAUGUGGAUGGAGAGGGUCCUUUUCUGAAAAUAAGCGGCCAGCUCGACCAACAGUCUUCGUUAAUGGUCGAGAGCCUAUUUGAAUCGGCUCGCGGAAACUUGGAAAAGGGGAUCGGAGCAGUUACUGCGGCAGCUAUCCAUGAAGGUAUAAUAUGUGCCGCAAAAUACAAAGAUGGAACGUACUACAGAGCGAAGAUCAUAGACAUCUCGAAUCUGUCUACAGGUUUAUUGCGCGUCCAUUUUAUAGAUUACGGUAACAAAGACCGUAUUUCUCUCAGUGCUAUAAGAUUUUUGGACCAGUAUGAUCCGAUGUUUCUUCAGCUUCCUGGGCAAGCGACUGACUACUACCUAAGUCGCAUUAUGCAUCCUGCCGGUCGCUGGGACGAAGCGCUGCUGCUCAAGCUUCAGAGCUUGUUGUGUUAUGCAGAAUACCCUGCUGCUGUUGAGGGCCAAACUUGCACACUGCCCAUUAUAUCUAUACAAUACAAGGGAAAUGAUUUCUCAACACAUCUUGUUUCAAAUAGAUUUGGUAAUGCCAUGCCGGUAACAAAACAAGAAGUGCUGAUGCUGCCGCCUAUGGGAACCGACAGACAACAAGGGCCAAACUGGGCACCUAAUUUCAUAGCUGAUUCAACACCAUAUGCUGAACACAUACCAUUUCUGAUGAACCAGAACCUUCCAUCCAACCCCGCAUCUGCAAUGAGAUUGCAGCAGAACGCCAGUGUGCCCUUCAAUGGUGCUAUAGUGCCUCCACCAUCAGCCAUUAGCCAGAGGCUACUAGUCAAUAAGGCUUCAAGAGGCCCAGUGAACCUGAAAGGUCCAAUAAGACAGCCUCAAGUGGCUCUAAACUCUCCCCCUGUCCAGAAAUCCACUCCACCUCCAGCGGCAGCCCUUAACAAGAGUUUGUCACCCAAAAAGUCUGCCACUUACAAGAGCCGUUUAUUAGAAGUGAAUUCACAGCACAAAGUGUUUGUGUCAUUUGCAGAAGAAGGACCAGAACUCUUUGCAGUUCAGCUAGUGACAGAUGCUAAGAAACUUCAGGAUAUGAUGGAUGACAUAAAUAAAAGUCCACUCAGUAGCCUUGUCGAGCCUCCCAUGAUAGGAACUGUAUGCGUAGGCAGAAUGUCUGGAGACCGAAUUAUUUGCAGGGCAAUAGUCAUGAACUUAUCAGGUUCGCAGUGCAAGCUGUUCUUUGUAGACUUUGGUGAUACGGAAAUGGUGUCCUACUAUGACAUCUUUGACAUCCCAGAAGAGUUUGUUAAGCCUAAUGUAUUUGCUAUGAGAUUCUGCUUAUCGGGCGUGAAGAAAUUACAGAAGGGACCAUAUUUGAAUGAGGCAUUUAAGCAACUCGUGAAUGGAAAAGUGAUGACCCUGAGAGUGGUUGCUCCAGAAGGUCCGCCGUUAAUACAGUAUGGAGAACUGUACUUAGACAACAAGAAUGUGCUAGAUUUGCUGCUAGCCAACAUUAAAGACAAGCUGCAAUUCAGAUGGAUGGAAAUGCUUGCCCUAGGCAGCAGGGCUUCUGUACUUGUGUCCUAUGUAGACAGCUGCAUCAAAUUCUACAUCCAACUAUCAGACAAGAUUGAUGACUUGACUGCUGUAAUGGAAGCGGUAAAAGUCCACUGUGAGGGCACCUCAUCUCCCGGAGAGUUGCCCAUUGGCACCGCUUGCUGUGCCAGAUUCCCUGAUGAUGAGAAAUGGUACAGGGCUAAGGUUCUGGGGUCUAAUAACAAGAGGGUCCUCGUGGCAUAUGUGGACUAUGGCAACGAGCAAGAAGUUAAUGUUUCCGAUCUGAGAACCAUAACUGCAGAUCUGUUAAAACUGCCAGCACAAGCCAUGAAAUGUGCAUUGAAAGGCUUUGAAAACAAACCAGUGGAAAGCAAGACCUCGAACCAGCUUGAAAUGCUGGCACUAGAGAAAACGCUGACUGCCAAUGUAGUUGGUGUCCUGUCCAGCGACACCAUAUUGGUAUCUCUGGUGGAUGAUACGACCAGCCCACCCCUGGAUGUGGCUAGGAAGAUGAACCAGUUGUCUCAGCCUAGAAGCAAUGUUGAGACUAAACCGACCACGCCAGUAAGCAAAGCGGCCCCGGAACAGUUCAGCUCGCCAGAGAGCGACCACGGCAAAGGAUUCAAGCGCGAAAAGAGCUUCAGAGAAGACCGGCGGCCAAGGGACGAUGACGACUUUGGACAAAGGGGUGGCAGCUUCCGAAACAGAGACAGAGAGCCGUUUGAUCGAUCGGGGCCGGGCCGGCAUAGUGACAAGUUUGGAGGCAGACCCGAUAAGGGAGAAAGACGCGGGAAGCCAUGGGAGAACAGCGCGCCGCCAGCGCCCGCCGGCGACGAGUGGGAGGAGUCCGUCGCCGCCGCCCCCGCCCCCGCCCCCUCCGCCGCCCCCGCGCCGCGCCCGCACUUCCGCGACAGGGACAACCGCGACAACAGGGAUAGAGACAACAGAAGAAAGCCUAGAGCGGACAACGAAAAGCCUGGUCCAAAGCCAGGUUGGAAGCACAAAGACGGCGCCGGGGUCGGCAAGAGGCUGCGCCAGGCCGCCGAGGCAGCGUCGGCGGACGCUCAGCAGGCAGGGGCUAAGGGAUCUGUACAGGACAGGCUGAAACGUGACAAUAAAUUCAAGCAAGACGAAUGGGAAGAGAAGAAAGAUGACUGGGGCAGCGGGACGCAGAACCGCAACGACCGUUUCGGACAGAACCGGGGCGAGCGGCGAGAGUGGGGCGAGAAGAAAGACUGGAGCCAGAAGCGGGAGUUCCGAGACAGAGGCGAGAAUAACCGCGGCGACAGAGAUAGAACCAGGAGCAACUUCACACCCCGUGACCGCGCCGAGCGCGCUGACCGCUCGUUCGGCUCUGACUCCGACAAGCGGUCAGAGAGAAGCUUCGGCCGCGCCGGAAACAAACCCCGCAGCAAAUUCACACAAGUACAGUACAAGGAACUCCCUGACCCUGUCCCAUUAGAAUCCCGCUUCGACGACCCGACCAUCGAAUCAGAAACGCAACACGAAGUAUCUGUCACCUGGAUUAUAUCCCCGAAGAGCUUCUACGCACAACUAAUAUCCUUCCAACCGAAGUUCCUAGAAAUGAUGCACAAAAUACCAGAGCUUUACAAAGGCGUCAGAUCUUACUCGGGGAUCGUCCCUGUAGGUGCUUCAGUAUUAGCCAGAUACCCUGUCGAUGGAGUUCUCUACCGAGCCACAGUCGUCUCCGCCCAACCGUUCUCAAAAUUCAUAGUCCAGUACAUCGAUUUUGGGAAUAAACAGCUAGUGGACGCUAAGGACAUUUGGCAGUUGGAUAGACAACUUUUAGAGCUGCCUAAAAUGGCGAUUCAUUGCUCGCUGAUCGGCGUGGCGCCUAUAGAAGGCGAAUGGAAGGCCGAUCCCGAGAUAGACCUGUGUUUCAACGCGCCGCGGUACCAGUGCGUUUUCCAGGAGUGUGUGGAAGGGCAGUAUCAGGUGUCGUUGUGGAACAACGGAGCUAGUGUUACGGAUAUGCUGGUGGAGAAACAGUUGGCUGUGCUGUCGGAGCAGCAAUCUUCUGUUGCACUUAAAGACGAAGCAAUAGACCUCACCAUCAUAGUGGGCCAGCAGAUCCCCUGCCGCGUGACGCACUUCGAGUCGUACGAGAAGUUCUACGUGCAGCUCGACUUGGAGAAGGCGGAGCUGGUCGAGAACGCCAUCGCCAACUUCGACGUCAACUUGUUGACGCCACUAACACAAGAUACUCUAACGGACGGCAUCCACUGCACAGUCAAGCACGAGGGUAAAAUCUACCGCGCCAUCUUGAACGACACGUCAGACGCAAACAACGUCGUCGCCGUGUUGCCCGACUAUGGCAACACUGUCACCACAUCAUUAGCCAAUUUGAUGAUACUGCCAACGGAACUGAGCGUAUACUACUACCAGUCCCUAGAGUGCUGCCUCAACAACUACACGGCCGAGUGCAACAUCCUGAUGCCACUCGAGGAGCUGAAGACCGCCCUCACUGGGAACAAGUUCAUUGUAUAUGUGGACAGCGUUGAGGGGAUCCGCCUGAAGACCACCCUGUACGACAUCAGCACGGGCAAGAAGCUGGCCAUCUUAGAGCCCGACGAGGGCGCCUUCGAGGACGUGGUGACGCUGUGCGCGCGCACCGUCUUCAACUACAACUUCGGCCUGUGCAGCGUGCAGCACCUGCAGAACCUGAACGAGAUCUACCUGCAGAAGACGGCGGACAUCGACAAGGUGCAGCAGCUGCUGGACAAGCUCUAUGUCUUCUACGAUGAAGGUACACCCGAACAACUCGAGGAGUUCGAACCCGACACCCUGUGCGCCGCCAAAUCAUCCGACGGCAACUGGUAUCGCGCCACCAUCGUCAGCGCCGCAGACAGCGACGUCACCGUGCAGUUCCCCGACUACGGCAACACUGAGACCGUCGCAAAGGACACGGUUAACAAACUGGACAAGUCCUUCUAUGAGCCCUGCGCCCAGGCUCUCGUCGCGAGCUUAGGAUUGGUCGCGGUCACCGAUGACGCGGUCACAAAGCUGUCCGAGUGGACUACAGAUAAGGAGGUGCAAGUCACGCUCGCAUUCGGCACCGACGGCUGGCUCGCCAGUCUACACCUGGACGGAGUGGACUUGUCCAUGAAACUGGUCAACGAGAAACUCGCCACCCCGCAGGUGAGUUCCGAAGAGGAGCCCGCACCCGCACCCGCACCCGCGCACGAGCCCGCGCCGGCCGCCGAGACGGUCGAACCCGUGUCCCUCCCGCCCGGCUGCACGCAGGUCUACAUCAGCCACAUCGACAGCCCCGGACACUUCUGGCUCCAGAUGGCCGACAAGGUCGACAAGAUCGACGAGAUCCAGGCCGAACUCGCGGCCGCAGCCGACACGUACGAGGACCUGCAGGCGCGCGAGGUGGGCACGCUGUGCGUCGCCAAGUACUCCGCCGACGAUCUCUGGUACCGCGCCGAGGUGCUCGACCUCGACUCCGACAUCACCACCGUGCGCUUCGUCGACUACGGCAACACCGACGUGCUCGACAACUCGCCCGGCCUCAUCAAGACCAUGCCGGAGAGUCUGCGCGCCGUGGAGCCGCUCUGCGUGCGCUCCGGCGUCAACGCCGUGCCCACCGGCACCGGCGAGUGGUCGGAGGCGGCCGGAGAGAGCUUCGAGGCGCUCGUCGGCGACACGGCGCAACCGGUAGACGCACUCAUAGUACUGAAGGACGUCACCACGUACGUCGACCUGUACGUGGCCGGGCGCAGCCUCACCGACCGCCUCGUGGCGCAGGGCCACGCCGCGCGCGCCGAGCAGCCCACCGAGUGCGGCGACCUGCCCUCCUGCUUCGCCAGCCACGUCAACUCGCCCUCCGAGUUCUGGGUGCAGCUGGAGUCGGCCACGACGGAGCUGCAGGCGAUGGAGGCCGCGAUGGAGGACGCCGAGAGCCUCCCCGAGCUGGCGGCGCGGGAGGAGGGCGUGCUGUGCGCCGCGCGGUACCCCGAGGACGGCGCCUGGUACCGCGCGCAGGUCAUCGUGGACGGCUCCGAGGGAACCGAGGUGCUGUUCAUGGACUACGGCAACGCGUCCAUCGCUACCGAGCUGCGCACUCUCCCGGACGAGCUGAAGCUGAAGCCGGCGCUAUCGCGCAAGUGCGCGCUCCAGAAGCCGAGGGACGUUAAAUCUUGGUCCAGAAAAUCCGAGAUCAAGUUCAACGAGCUGGCCGCCGAGGGCCGCACCAUCUUUAACGUGCAGUUCAUCGCGUCCGGCGACAUCUCCAUCGUGGAGCUGUACCUGGAGGGCAAGUCGGUGACGGAGGAGCUGGUGGGGCUGUGCGAGGAGCGACCGCCGGCCGAGCGUCCUAAGCCCGUGGGCCAGGACCUCCACAGCAAAGGCAAGCUGUGCUACGUCCACGCCUUGGACGAGUUCUACGUCCACCUCGAUGACAAGACCGCGGACCUCGACAAGGUGACCGAGAGAAUGGUCGACGUGGACGAAUUCGAAUCGGCGGCGGCGCUGAAGGUCGGUUCGAUCUGCGCCGCCUACUGGGCCGAGGACGAGCAGUGGUAUCGCGGAAAAAUUCUAGAAUUCUGCGACGCGAGCUACCACGUCCAGUUCCUGGAUUACGGCAACAAAGCUAAAUGCCUGGAGUUCCGGCGGCUGCCCUUGGACGUAGCGGCGAUCGAGCCCCUCGCCAAGUGCUGCCGACUGGCCGCUCCCGCCGGGGCCGACGACGACGCCGCGAGGAACAAACUCGACGAGCUCAUGGCUAACGACUCGACAUUCCACAUAGAAUUCCUAGACAGCACUUCGGAGCCGGCACUCGUCAAACUCAUUCUUAAUGGGGAGGAUGUUAGUACUAUCCUUUUCGCCUCGAGACCCAGUGACACGGAAAAGGCGGAAACUGUACCUGAAACUGCAGCUCCAGAAAAUAUUCAAGUUCCGGAGGAGGAGACAGCCUCUACGGCAGCCGCAGCCGAAACGGAUGUACAACCUGAAGAGACAGUAGAAACUGGUUCUGAGGAUGUAAACUCGGAAACUGAAAAGAUAGAUAAAGAAUCGACCCAAUCAGUUGUAGAGACUUCAGAAGUAGAGGAACCUGUUAAAACACGGGAAGAAGUAGACUUACCCGAAUCAGUUGUAAAGCCUUCAGAAGUAGAAAAACCUGUUGAAAAACGGGAAGAAGUAGAUUUACCCGAAUUAGUUGUAAAGCCUUCAGAAGUAGAAAAACCUGUUGAAACACGGGAAGAAGUAGACUUACCCGAAUUAGUUGUAGAGCCUUCAGAAGUAGAAAAACCUGUUGAAACACGGGAAGAAGUAGACUUACCUGAAUCAGUUUUAAAGCCUUCUGAAGAAGAAAAACCUGUUGAAACACGGGAAAAAGUAGACUCACCUAAAACGGGCGAAAAGGAAGUUCCCAAAUCAGUAUUAAUAGGUGAUAAUGAAAAGCAAACCGAAGAUUAUACCGAAAAAGAGACUGAGGAUGAAGAUAAAUUUGAGGAUGCCAACGAGCUAGACUCGUCGCAUCCAGAUCUGGACGAAAGCUUAGAAAGUAAUCACACCGUAAUUGAGAACAAAUCAUUUGAAGCCAACCCGGACAGCUUAAACGACUCUGGUGAUCAUAAAGCAGAACAACGAGAUUCUCCUAAACAGGACACUUCAUCUUCAACCCUGGAGAGCUCCAGUGGAACUAUAAAAACUCCAGAAAGAGACAAUUCUAAAGAUUCCAUAAAUACAGAUACUGGCUACACAAGCAGUAAUGGCACCAAAGACGGAUCCCCAAUAAAGGAAUUCAGUAAUGAACCAACUAAAUUGGAAUCAGAUGUAGGAGAAACAAUAUCAGAAGUCAAAACUCAAAAAUUGGUAUCUGAUGAAGUAGGAAAAACAAUAGCAGAACGCGAAAAUAAAUUAAAAGAGAACAAUACUGAACCUAGCGUCAAAUCAAGUGAAGUCAGUAAAGUCAAAGAAAUUAAAACUAUUGAUGUCGACUAACAGAUAUAUUUUUAAAUUAAGUCUUGUAUGAUAAAAAUCUCAUUCUUUAAUUGUAAUAUUAAUAAGCGAUGCCUGAUUGUGAUAGAUACUUAGGAUUCCUAAGUAUCUAUCUGAUAUCACAAUCAGCUAGGAGGGGAUUUACUUUAUAUGUCUCUUUGCUUCAGUGAAAAUUGUAUUAAAGUGUCUAGAGAAGGUUUUUGUAGUAGAUUAUUUAUUGUAGGCGUAUAAAUUGACUUCCAUCGGUCACCACGUACAGUUUCCGUGUUAAAUCGAAAUUUCCAGAGACUAGACUGAAUAGCCUUAUCUUUUGUAGUUUUAGAUAAUCUCUCUAAACAUUUUGAUACUUUAUUAAAUUUGUUAUCCUAGAUUUAAGACGUUUACUUGAUUAGUGAUUACUUACGUAACGUUUUUAUGAAAAUUUUAUUGAUUUGUUACUUCCCAGUGUAAAAGAACUUUGUUAGUCCCAGUAAUUUUUUAUCUGUUUGUUUUCCGAUUUGUUUCUUUAAGUCAUAGCAUUUAAUUAACGUUUAAAGACUUUGAAGUUUGAUACUGUGACAUUGUAAAUACUCUUAUUUUUUCUACGUUCGACGUUGUUUAGUGUUUACUAAGUUAGGAAUACGAUUAAAUGUUCUUUGUUUAAAUUUGGCACAUCGUGUUACCAUACACUUUUCGUACACAUAGUAAGCAAUAUAAUUAGCAAUAAGGAACAAUGUUCGUUGUGCCUCUGUUACUACAUAAUAUUCAAAAAGCUAAUAUAGGUAUCUAUAAUAGUAUCUCCAAUAUGCAGCAGAACAGAUACUCACAAAUAA